UAGAACCGGGAUGCCGACAUUUUCAUGGGCUUUUACGGCUGCUAUAGCUGGGGAGGUGUCACAUACUUAGCGAUGGAAUACGCCUUCUCUUCGCGAUCUGGAGCAUAAUAUUCAGCAUGGGUUGCCAGAGGAUGAGGUCAAAGAUAUCGUCCGACAAAAUCUCAAUGGCCUUGCGAUUAUGCAUUCAGAGUCGUUUGCACACCAGGAUCAAAGCCAGCGGUGCGAAUUCGAUGACAGUAAAAUACUUGUGUGCUUGGUAAUUACUCUUCAGAACAUCCUCGUCAUGAAGGCUUCGCCGCCUUCGUGGAUGAAACUUGGAGAUUUGGGACAGAGCAAGCAAGCUGGUGGUGCCAAAUAUCAUACUGUUACAGGAACAAGGUCUUACGCGGCUCAUGAGGUGCGCGAAACCACCAACACAGAAAGCCUGGACUACACAAACGCGCUGGAUAUAUGAGCUGUAGGAUGUAUUACCUACAAACUACGUGCUGACAGAUCACUCUUCCUUUCCGCACCUUUUAGGAAUGCAAUUGAACAAAGAUUCGUCAACGGCUCAUAUGACUUUUCAAAAGAUACUCGUAGUCUUGAGCUUAGC